AUGAAAUUCACUUUGUCUUUCAUUUUUGUCGCUAUCGCUUUGCUACAGAUGACGGCGGCAUCUCCCGUCGCCGAAGGCGUUGAGAAGCGCUCGCAAAAGAAGUUCGCGUACCAUUCAGAUGAGCUUGCCGAGGACUUUUCUGAUGCUGAAGAUGUCGAGAAGCGCUCGCAAAAGAAGUUCGCGUACCAUUCAGAUGAGCUUGCCGAGGACUUUUCUGAUGCUGAAGAUGUCGAGAAGCGCUCGCAAAAAAAGUUCGCGUACCAUUCAGAUGAGGUCGCCGAGGACUUUUCUGAUGCUGAAGAUGUCGAGAAGCGCUCGCAGAAGAAGUUCGCGUACGCUUCAGAUGAGGUUGCUGAGGACUUUUCCGGUGCCGAAGAUGUCGAAAAGCGCGCCGAGAAGCCAUUGUCAUACAUUGUUGCCGAGGAAUCCCGUGAUGUCGAAGGUCUUGGAGGUAUGUCUUGA